CGAUGGCAGGUGGGGUAGACGGGGAAGUUCUGUGCAUGUGCCCAGCUCCCACCCGCAUAGAGACAAGACAGUGUGUCACAGAACCCUCCAGACCUCUCUCUUCUAUAACGGGUGAAUUCCACCUGUCCUGCAGAUGCUAGCCAGGGCUGCCAUGGGUUCAGUGUACAGACAGCCUCAUCGUCAUCCCUGUCCUCAACGUGUCUCCUCGGUUGGCUCCUGGUGGCAGCAGAGCUGCAUCCCUGGCUGUGACUGGGUGCACCAGGAGGGCCCAGGACCCCGGGGCAGGUGCUGGCACAGACUUAGGCGCCUGGAGCACAGCAUUCCAGAAAGCCUGGAAGGGGCCUGCCUGAGUUCUGGCUCCAUCAGUGCCCUUGGAGAGGAGCACGGGAAACGCCAGCCACCUGCCAGGCCAGGAGGGCAAAGGAUGGCAGCGCCGUGGCCGAAGCUCUCUGCCCACGUGUCCCGGAUGCCUUCCCUGGGGCAGACAGACCACUCUGCCUCAGCCCCUCCUCUCUCCUCCUUGCUCUGGAGGGCGGGAGGGACGAGGGACCCGGGAGGAUCUCAUGGCCUCUCAGAGUUCGUUUCUUCAUCUGUAAAAUGCUUGGCGGAGGACCCAACAGGAGUGUGGGUUAAAGGGCACAGCAGGGUCAACGGCACCCUCAGCUCACGUGUUUCUUCUGGGCAAAAGUCUCUCUGAGCCUCGCUCUUCCCAUCUCUGAGCGGACGCAAACGCCUCCGGGAUUGCGGACCGCGGCAGUCUGCGAACGGCCUUCAUAGACUGAGAAGUACUGCUUAGUCUUCAGGAAGGUGCCCCAGAGACGGGGGUCAUUGGCGUGAGGCAGGGGUCAGCAAAUCUCCUAAGACCGUCGGGAGGCGGCGGUGGCAGCACAGCGAGCGCGCACUUUCCCGAGGGUCACUGAGAUUGCUCAGCGGAAAGACCAUACCGUAUUUCUCCGACAGUACCGUAUUUCCCCAAGCCGCCACCGGUACGGCCAGGCCAGCAUGGUGGACCACUUGCUUCCAGUGGAUGAGACAUUCUCGGCACUGAAAUGCCCGGUUGGUUAUCUGGGCAAUAGGCUGGCCAGUGGCCGGGUGUACCACAUGCUGCCUUCACCCCUCUCAGAGGACGACAGCGACGCCUCCAGCCUCUGCUCCUGUGCCAGCCCUGACUCGCAAGUCCUCUGCUCCUGCUACAGCGGUGGCCCAGGCCUGGAAGGCCAGGACAGCAUCUUGGACUUCCUGCUGUCCCAGGCCACGCUGGGUGGUGGUGGUGGCAUCAAGGCCAGCAGUGGCCCCAUGGCCUGGGGGGCCUGGCGGAGGGCACCGGCAUCUGUGAAGGGGGAACAUUUCUGCUUCUCUGAGUUUCCUGUGGGUGAUCCCGAUGACGUCCCGAGGCCCUUUCAGCCCACCCUGGAGGAGAUCGAAGAGUUUCUGGAGGAGAACAUGGAGCUGGGGGUCAAGGAGGCCCCAGAGAGCAACAGCAAGGACUUGGAGGCCUGCGGCCAGCUCUCGGCUGGGCCACACAGGAGCCACCUCCAUCCUGGGUCUGGCGGGAGAGAGCGUUGUGCUGCCCCAUCAGGUGGCGCCAGUGCAGGUGGCAGCCAGGGCCCAGGUGGGGGGCCAGCGCCUGAGGGCCCCACCCCUGUGCUGCUGCAGAUCCAGCCUGUGCAGGUGAAGCAGGAGUCGAGCACAGAACCCGCCUCCCCUGGGCAGGCCCCGGAGAGCGUCAAGGUGGCCCAGUUCCUGGUCAACAUCCAGGGGCAGACCUUCGCACUCGUGCCCCAGGUGGCGCCCUCCUCCAACUUGAACCUACCCUCCAAGUUCGUGCGCAUCGCCCCCGUGCCCAUUGCCGCCAAGCCUAUUGGGUCGGGAGCCCUGGGGCCCGGCCCUGCUGGCCUCCUCAUGGGCCAGAAGUUCCCUAAGAACCCGGCAGCAGAACUCAUCAAAAUGCACAAAUGUACUUUCCCCGGCUGCAGCAAGAUGUACACCAAAAGCAGCCACCUCAAGGCCCAUCUGCGCCGGCACACGGGCGAGAAGCCCUUCGCCUGCACCUGGCCGGGCUGCGGCUGGAGGUUCUCCCGCUCGGACGAGCUGUCGCGGCACCGGCGCUCGCACUCGGGCGUGAAGCCCUACCAGUGUCCCGUGUGCGAGAAGAAGUUCGCGCGGAGCGACCACCUCUCCAAGCACGUGAAGGUGCACCGCUUCCCGCGGGCCGGCCGCGCCGGGCGCGCCCUCAACUGAGCGCCGCCCCGCCCGGUAGUUCGCAGCAAUAAUUUAUUCGCCUCCCUCGGACGGCGGGCCGGGGGCCCACGCCGCCUUCUGCAGCAGGAGGGCGCCUGCCCGGGGCCUGCCGAGCCCCCGCCGCGCCGGGGAGCCCCGCGCGCCGCGCCUGCCGCCUCCCGCCUUCGUGCCUUCCCGCGGCGGCUGCUGCGGCCCGGCUCUGCCCCCGCGCCCCGCCUGGGCCAGCACUUUAUUGCUCGGGAAGAAGAAAGGUGCAUUUUGGUUGUCAGGUCCUAGGGAGCCGUGCUGGGAAGAGGGAAGCAGGCCGAAAGUCCAGGGCGCGCUGGGGGGGUGGGAGGGGGGCUUGUCCGGGUGCCUCGCGCUGCCUGACUGCCAGAGGUACGCUGGGUGCUCGGGGAGCGCAGGAGCUGGCCUCCAGGUGGGUGCAGAAUUGGGGGGAAAAGCCCUAUCUUUGGGGGGCUGGCAGUGCAUGUGCUUGAGUUAAAUGUGCUGGGCAGACGACAGAGGCAGGCCGGCCCCAGAGCGUGUGCACAGUGCGGCUCAGCCCGUCCUCCAUCGUAUUUCCAGACAAAUCCAGACCCCAGACUCCGGGGUCGCUUCGGGAGGAGAGGGGAGCAGGUUGGCUGCGUGUAGAAGACCUGGGUCGAGCCUCCCAGGCCUGGCUUAGACACCAUUCCUUAUUUGUCUAGAAAUUAAUCUCAAAUGAACUCGCUCGUUCUGACAGGUCUGUUUCGCAUCCUAUGAAUGUAUGUAAAUAAACUGUACAUAGGUACAUCGACAUAAAAUAUCUUUUAAUAACAUACCAACAUUUGUGUAAAUUUGAAAUUAAAAAUCUAUAAAGCUGGUGUACAUAUGUUACAAUUAUGUAUAUUUUCUUUGGUCCUUCAUAAAAAUAUAUUUACUUUGCCAAUAAAAAGAAAAAACUCACUAA